CUUGAAACGAUACCUCGAACCAAAACCUUGUUUAUUGUAAUUUUACCCCGAUGGACGACCUUACCAACCACGCCAAACCAACAACUGAUGCCACGAUUACCGUCAGAGUAAUCAAGAACUUUGAAUAUCGCACAUGCAAAAACUUGGUUUUGCAACACAUCAAUCUGGAAGAAACCACCGUCGGUGAAUUGAAAUCGCUGGUCAAAGAGCGUAUCCACACCACGUCGGGAUGGAAACCCUACCAGACUGUUCAGCUAGAUACCAUCAAGAUCUACACUGUGGCUCACGGACAUAAGACACAAAACCUGAUCAUCAAUAUGGAGGACGACGAAAAGUUGAUUCUCGCCGAUGAUGCCGCUACGCUCGCCUGGCUCGGUAUCGAAAAUGAGACCGAAUUAUCCAUCUUUAACCGAGAAGCCUAUGAAGCUUACAAGAAAAAUCCGGAUAUGAAGUGGUGAACAAGCCAUAAUUCUGAUUUCGCGCAUACAUAAACAAAACCACCCGCAUUGUUUCAUUUGAGUUCCUCUAGUCGUUGAUGUCCAGCUACCGGUCAUACGUUGAAAUCGUUCUUUUUAUACCACUGUAUUUGAUUUGGAAAGCUUUCCACAGUGAUUGGAAUCAGCGACCAAAAUGCAAACCGGGAAAGGAGAACAACAUAGUUUUAUACAUUCAUUUUAUAUAUAAAAAAAGAUUUGUUUACAGCGCAGACAGCUUUAUAAGUAAGUUGUAUUAAGUGGUAUGAUGAAUAGUUGUUAAAAUAUUAUUAUUUCGUCGCGUG